GGCCGGGCGAUCACGUGACUGACGCGGGCCCGGAGCGGCGGCCGCAUUGAGGAAGCGCGGGCCGGGCGGCGACUGCAGCCGGCGGCGAGCGAGCGGCUGGCGGGGGAGGCGGCAUCCCUCUCGGACCCGCCGGGCGGAAGAGGAAGAUGGCGGAGGCCUCGGCGGCCGGCACCGGCGCCGCCGUCGCCGCGCACCGGUUUUUCUGCCACUUUUGCAAGGGCGAGGUCAACCCCAAACUACCGGAAUAUAUUUGUCCCAGAUGUGAAUCAGGCUUUAUUGAAGAAGUGACAGAUGAUUCCAGUUUUUUAGGUGGUGGCGGCAACCGGAUGGACAGUAGCACAUCAACACAUUUCACAGAGUUCUGGCGCAAUUUGGACCACACGAUGAUUAUACAAGACUUUAGACCGUUUCUAAGUAGCAGUGCACUGGACCAAGACAAUAGAGCCAAUGAGAGAGGUCACCAAACUCACACUGACUUCUGGGGACCAAGUCGACCUCCACGGCUGCCGAUGACUCGGCGAUACAGACAGCAGGGAAGCACCCGUCCUGACAGAUCCCCAGCAAUUGAAGGAAUAAUACAACAGAUCUUUGCAGGGUUCUUAGCAAAUUCUGCAGUUCCUGGUGGAUCCCCUUUUACCUGGAGCGGGAUGCUGCACUCCAACCCUGGGGACUAUGCCUGGGGUCAAACAGGGCUUGACGCCAUUGUCACCCAGCUUUUUGGACAGCUGGAAAACACGGGGCCUCCCCCCGCUGACAAGGAAAAGAUCACAUCUCUUCCAACAGUGGCAGUAACUCAGGAACAAGUUGACAUGGGUUUAGAGUGCCCAGUAUGCAAAGAAGAUUACACAGCUGAAGAGGAAGUCCGGCAGUUGCCCUGCAACCACUUCUUCCACAGCAGCUGUAUUGUGCCGUGGUUGGAACUGCACGAUACAUGUCCUAUAUGUAGGAAGAGCUUAAAUGGCGAGGACUCUACUUGGCAAACCCACAACGCUGAGGCCUCUGCAAGCAACAGAUUUAACAGUGACAACCAGCUGCAUGACCGAUGGACUUUCUGAAUCUAAAGACCGAGUCUGAGCCAGGGCUGUGGCGUCUUCUCACCACAGCUGUGAAUUGUAUCAAAACAAAAUAGUCGGUGGAUUUAGGAAUCGUGUAAGAAACCCCAACCCCUAAUAUUAAUGCAGAGUGUUUUCUUUAAAUUUCAAGUUAGCAUCCAUAGAUGGAAUUGUAUCUAAAACCAAAUGCCUCUUAUUGCUGAAUUCAGAGUAAUAAUUUUCUAAGUGUGCAACUUAAUUAUGUGGGCUCCCCUGCCAGAAUAGAAUUAGCUCCUUGAAGUCCAGCUCGGGUCCUGCUCUCUGCCAUGUUGCCCUGAAAUGGAUGUUUUCACCCCUGUGUCCAGCCUCCAUCCUACCAUUAGUGUACUUUAUGAUAAAUACAGUGGAACCAGAGCCCGAAAGUCCUACUGAUGUAAGUCCUUCAGUUUUAAUUAUACAAAAGCAUGUACUCUUGGCCACAUUAGCUAUGAAUUAAGGUCAGAUUAAUUCAGAAAUCUAAAACUGACGUUUUCUUGAACCCUCAGCAAAUCAAAGAAAAAUUACAUUUGGAAGGAGUAAGUGGCUUAUCAUUAUACUCUGGUUUUCUCAUUUAGUUUUUAAAGACUACUUCAAAAGCUGCAGUCUCUGCAGAAACCAGCUGACAUGACUUACGGGUCUUCUGUUGGUAGGAAUCUCAUUCUGGCUCCUUUUUGCAAAAGAGCAGAGCAGCAUACAGGCAACGGAGGACACGAUUGAAAUCUUUGGUUCUGGCGUUUUUUAAUGAUCCCCAUCUCGCUGUUUACUGUAGUUUGUCCUGGAGACUUUAAAAUAAUUUCCCCUCACGGAAAUAGAAUGCCUUCAUUGCUGCUUCUGUUCACUGUUCUUAGUAAUUCAUUGAGGAAUUGAGAUUUUUACAUUGUCUUAUUUUAAUUUUUUAAGCCCUUUGAUCAUCUCCGAAACCUUGGUUAACUUGGUUCUGGAUAUCCUCGGAAUCAAACUGAUUACUGUGAUUAUGUCCAAAACAGCCUGGUCUUGGAGAGGUAGGCCUUACUGUUUUUUUUAGCCUAACAGUGUCCCAUCUACAUGCAUAUGCUGUUAGGUGCAUUUGAGAAAGAUCAGAAAUGUCUUUGGAAUCUCAGAGUCUCAAAGGGAAAGGAUGGGUACUGUUGGCACAGCCCAGAGGAUCACAGAGCGGCACCGUUAGUGUGGUCAUACUGUGGAAUGACCGGAACAAGAAGGCCUCUUGUUGGUGAGUCUCCUUGGCUCCUGUCUGUCUUAGUUUUUGUUGACUCUCAUGCAAUCAUGCACUAUACUCUGAUUUGGGGUGGGGGGCGGGGUGGGGUUAGGGAAGAGAAUUAGAGAUACAGAUGAUAUCUCUAACGGUAGAUGAUAGGGGAGGGAAGAGAGAAAGUAGAAAAGUGGCCUGCUGAAUUAAUAGCCUGCCUGUAAAAGUGUGUCCAUAAGGUCUAAUUCAGGUUGGGCCAAGAGGAAAUAAAAGUUUUUUUUUUAUAUGCCUCUCAUGUCACACCUCUGUAGAGUUUGUUUCUUUGGAGAAUGUGAGCUAUUAAGCCUAUUGAAAUCUAGCCUCCAAAUAAACAUUGCUUUUGAGGGGAGAGGAGAAGCUGGAGGUAUAUUAUGAAUAUUUAUGGACCACUAUUCAACUGUCUCAGAAGAAUUGUGGCAGCCUGGAAGAUUUUGCCUGCCUGUUAAGUGUCUGGAGAUGCCAGAACAGGUGUUUGCAAUUUACUUAAAACCAGAGAACUAGAAAGGGUCUGAGGAGCUUCCUAGAAGGAUGGAAACAAAGUGCUGGAAUGGGACUUAUUUUCUCAGUGCACCGAGUAGCCAGCAAUAGUCUAAAUUAUCUGAAAAUUUCUUCACUUCUUUGCUCUGAUAGAGGGCUUGCUGUUCCCCAGACUCCUCCCACUGAAUGAAUCUGAAGUGCUUCUUCCUAGAAUAAGGUUAAGCAAUAUAUUUGGGUUUUAUAAAGCAGCAGAACUAAUAGGAUCUGUGCGUGCUUGUGUGUAUGCAUGUAUAGCUUUAUAAUGAAUUUGCUCAUGCGAUAUGGAGGCUAAGAGGUUCCAAGAUCUUUCCAAGCUGUCCCAAUUUUUCUGCGAGAGCAGCGGCAUUCUAAUUUGAUUCCUAACCUGAGCAUAGGCGCGUUGAUGGAGUACGCUGUAGUUGAAAGGCCGGAUGAUUGGAAACUUAAGAAGAGCUGAUUUUUUAAAAUUUUGAGUUCAAAGGCAGGACAGGCUGAUGAACCCACUUGGCCUUUUUGUUCCAUUCAGGCUUUCAACUGACUGGACGAGGCUCCCCCAUGCUAGGGAGGGAAUCUGCUCUGCUCAGUCUGCUGGUGCAGGUGUUAGUCUUGUGAAAAAUGCCCUCCUGGGCACACUCAGAAAUAACGUUUGUCCAGGUAUCUUGACAUCUCAUGGCUGAGUUAGGUGGACACAAAUUAAUCAUCACAAGAAAGAAAAAUAGAAGUGAUGCACACGGUAGAAAGAUCCUUAUCCCACUUAGAUUUUUCCAAAUUAUGGAAAUAUAGGUCUUGUUUAGAGACCUUAGUUCUAGGGUUAAACGGUAGAAGAAACCUUCAUGGGAUGAGGACCAGUUGGCAGUGUGCAUCAUAGCUAUUUUUUCUCUUCAAUUACACAGUUUGUUUCUAGGAAUGCCUUGCUCUUAAGUAAGAUGCAGUGCUUAAGGCAGAGGGCUACAUAACCCAGACUUUUUAGGUGUUUCAUUCCUUUGUUACUGGAAGGCUUACAGACUCAGGAACCUGGAGCAUUAAUAGGACUCAAAAGACAGCUUUCCCUGGUUGUCAAAGAGAAGAGAAAACUGUUGCAAUUUAAGAUCUUGAGCCCUUAGAUUUCAUAUUAAAUGUAAUAUGAGUCCCAGCAGAGCUAAACAGAUUGUUGUUGUUUUUGUUGUUUUUUUAAAUCAUGAAUGUCUUUAUCUUCCUCUUGUCCAGCAUGAUCUGAAACAGGAGGGAAGAAAACUAGCAUGUAAGUCAGAGACAUUUCCCAGAAAUGGGAAAUGGUAGACUUGAAAAGUGAGAGGUUAUAUAGGGCAACUCCUUUCUGACCUCUAAGUGAUGAUUGCUUCUUAGGUAGUCUGCAGAUGGGUUAGUAUAAUCAUGUUCCUCUGGGUUAAUUCUGGCUGGCAGAACUGGGCAGUAGGGUGGGAAGGCAAAGUGGUACUUUAGCUGGAGAGCUUCGACGUCUUGAAAGUUUCUAAGCUGUUGAGUUUGGACAGGGAGAAGGAAUCAUCCUGGUACCAACAGUACUUUUCCUUCAAAGUUCCUACUGCCCGUUCUCUGAAGAGCUGAGAAACUUGCAGAAUCCAGAAUGACAUUUUGUCCCUAUUGGUGUAGCUCAUUGAUUCUCUCCUUAAAGUACUAAUUUCUAAGAAAAAAGGAUUACGCUAGGUGGAGGUUAUGGAAAUGGCUAUAAAUCGAAUAGCUUCCAUAGCUUAUUAUAAAUUUUAGUUGUCAACAUUUAGUUGUCAACUGUUAUUGCAUAACAGUUGAGCCAAGUACUUGUCAGACAUUUCCUUGGUCCAGUAAUUAACCCUCAACUUAGUUAGAAGGUUUUUGGGGAACAUUUCCCCCCCAGUAGGUAUCACUUUGAUUAAGUGGUUAUUAGGAGAAAAAGUUUUUGUUUGUGUCUUCGUAUUCGUAUAUAUGUGUGUGUAUGUAUAUAUGUAUAUAUUCACAGAGACACACACACACAUACCUGCACCUUUCACUCACUGUAGAAGGAAAGAUGUGAUUGAUGGGCACUGAGGUGCAGGGAGCAGGGGCUCUCACUGCACACCCGGCUCCUGUGUGUCUGCAGUUCUGUUUUCGGACACUGUUGGCCUGGCAAGCACCCUGUUAUCUGGUGUGGUGAAGGGAUUCCAUAGAAGUAAGAGUGUAGCCAUUGAUGAGGUUAAAAAUAAAGGACUUUUGAGAAAAGUUUGUUUAUUAUCCAUUGCUUCUGUAAGAUAUUAAGUUGAACUCAAAUAUAAUUUGUUUUUAAAAUUUUUUCUUGAUAAAUUAUUGUUGCCAAUUGA